UUAACUUUGACAACACCCUUCACAUCUUGAUCAAAAAUGGGUGCUGAGAAUGGAGGUUUCUCCGUGAAUGUGACCAAUGAAGAGGUGGUGGCAGCAGUGGUGCCAAUGCAAGAACAUUGGCUUCCACUCUCUAACCUUGACCUACUUCUACCUCCAAUCGAUGUUGGUGUCUUCUUUUGCUAUAAGAACCCCAUGCUAACGUCCACUACCUUAGGGGACACUUGCACCAACAAAAUAACCUUUGAAUCAAUGUUGGGGUCUCUAAAAAAGGCCUUAGCACAAGCUUUGAUCUCUUAUUAUGCAUUUGCAGGUGAAGUGGUGCCCAACAACGUGGGUGAACCCGAGGUGCUUUGUAAUAAUCGUGGUGUUGAUUUUGUUGAAGCUGUGGCUGAUGUUGAGCUAAAGUGCCUCAACUUUUACAACCCAGAUGACACCAUUGAAGGGAAGUUUGUUCCAAAGAAGAAAAAUGGAGUGCUUACUGUCCAGGCAACAUCACUCAAGUGCGGUGGAAUAGUACUAGCAUGCAUAUUUGAUCACCGCAUAGCAGAUGCAUAUUCAGCAAACAUGUUCCUCAUAUCAUGGGCCGAGAUAGCCCAGCCCACGAAGCCCACAACUACUACCACCACCCCAUGUUUCCGUCGCUCACUCCUUAGUCCUCGUCGCCCAAGUUCUAUUCCUCGUUCCCUUUAUGACAUGUACCUCCCCAUUUCUAGGAUCACCCCUCCUCAAGCCACAACCGCCCCUCUCCUCAGUCGCAUAUACUACGUAACGGCAGAGCAACUUGAAAAGAUGCAAUCCCUCGUCGUCAUGACAAAUGAAAACAACACAAAGCGUACAAAAUUUGAGUGUUUCUCCGCGUUCUUGUGGAAGAUAGUUGCUCAGGCAGCUUCAAGAGGCAACAAGAAGGGCAAAAAGGUUAUUGCCAAAAUGGGUAUUGUGGUUGAUGGAAGGAAGAGACUGUGUGAUGGUGACAAAGAGAAGGAAGCAUUGAUGGGGUGUUACUUCGGCAACGUGCUUUCCAUACCCUUUGGAGGGAAAGAAGUGGAGGAGUUGAUGGAGAAGCCAUUAGGGCUUGUUGCCGAAGCGGUUCACGAGUUCUUGGCGGUGGCGACGAAGGAGCAUUUCUUAGGGCUCAUUGAUUGGGUGGAAGCUCACCGGCCAGAGCCUGGGGUGGCGAAGAUUUACUGUGGUGGUGGCAGUGGCGACGAAGGGCCGAGUUUUGUGGUGUCUUCCGGGCAAAGGUUAAUGGAGGGAAAGAUGGAUUUUGGGUGGGGGGAGGUUGUGUUUGGAUCUUUCCAUUUUCCUUGGGGUGGUCAAGCUGGUUAUGUUAUGCCAAUGCCAAGCCCUUUAGGGAAUGGUGAUUGGGUUGUGUACAUGCAUCUUGCCAAGGAGCAAUUGGAGGUCUUAGAAUCUGAGGCCAGUGAUGUCUUUAGGCCUAUAAGUUGGGAUUACCUUAAUCAGUGAUGGGUGAUAUAGUGUUGCAUGGUGUAUGUGUCAGUGUACUUGUACGUGAUCGUGUUGUUUUAAAUGUAGAUCUAUUUAAUUUAAUUAUUGGAACAAUAUAUAUCAUGUUAAUUUCCAUUGGGUUAGUCGUUGAUAUAGAAGCUUAUACAUGGAAUUUGAUUCCCUUGCAGCAA